CUCACAAGUUUGCGCAUUUAUGGACGUGUUUCUGUCUGGUUCUACAAGACGUACACGAUGUGAGCAGGAAGGCGCCCUCUGUUUUUUUUUAUUUUUUUUUUUAUUAUAAUACGAAACCCCGAUUUGCUGCGCGCUCGCUGCCACACUGACUGACUCAGCCCGUCUUUAUCUCAUUUUCCUGAGCGCCUAGCGGCCUGUUUCCUCAUGUCUCAGUGGAAAGGCAACAUGGCGCACGGAGUAUGGUUUGACCGGAAAGGCCGUGUGGUUAUAAGCGCACAGCAGCCGUUUUGUUUUCGUCGAUCCCUCCGCUGAAACCCGUUGACACACAAGCCAAACGCUUUUUUGGUGAAAGUGAAAUUGGGGGACAGAACGCGCAGAAACGGCGCAAAUGUUCAAAUCGGGCCACGCGUUCACAUGUGAUUAAGGCUGUUAUUUAAAAAAAAAAAAAAAAAGAAAGAAAGAAAAAAAAAUCAGUGACAAUUAGAAACUUCACCUGGACGCGCGCGCGCGCGUACAUGUCCGCCUGUGUGCGUGCGUGCUUGUAAGUGUGCGCGUGUGUUAGGAGGAGGGCCGCCGCUGAUCAGGCGAUGAAGUGCCGAGAAUGAGAGCUGUGCCUUGGCCUACUACUAGUGCUGCUGCAGCUGGGAUUGUGCAGACCUGCCUUCACAAACCGAGAAAAACACUCGCUUUGUGCCACACCAUUAAAGAUCCGCUGUUGGUUUCACGGUGACCGACCUCCAAAUGGAUAUUGAGAUGACAACAUGAAUCAGUCAUACAGACCAGGUCUUAGGGUAGGCUCAGUGUUUGGCUCAAGUCAGUCAGAGCUGAGGCCCCACAUUGGCCUUGUGAGCACUUCCUAUGGCAACCAGUGUGGUAUUGUGAAGCGGGGAUCAGAUCAGCAGUCCUGCAGCCUCAAACAACCUGCUUUGCUGGGUUACGGCCAGCCCGAGCGAUCUCACUGCUACAGUCCGCUGAGGAGGCAACAGGACCCGAACCCCGGCGUCAACAAACCCGACCGAGAGCGGGACCCGCGUCCUCGGAGCAACUUGCCCUGCGCGAGCCCAAUCAGCGAUGACGACGGGUUUGAGGCGCCGUCGGUCCAGCUGCCCCCGUCUCCGGUCAACGAUGACAUGGAGUCUUUCGCAGCUCUGCAGGACGUGAGCAGGAACGGCUUCUCCCCUCGCAGCCCCGACAGCUUCGAGCGCUGCUCGCCCAUCCCCAACGGCUGCCUGCAUUUCGAGUCCACGCUGUUCGACGGCGGCGACAUCAAGGAGGAGGAUGAGGAGGGGGAGCUCGGCAGCGGCGAGAACGUUGCACCUUUUCCACACUCCCCGAAACUGAGUCAGGACCGAACCGUUGCGGAGUGUAAGAGCACGUUCCACUCAGGGGCGGAUAAAAGAACGUACAAGCCUACAGUCUUUAAUCUGAUGUCCAAAACCAUAUCUGAACUCAACCCUACACUAAGCCCCAGUGCACUGCCAGAAAUCACUAUGAGAGAUGGGUGGAGUUUGGGUGAGGAAUCGGACAGUGAUGGUGAACUUACCUCUCCUGUUGAUCCUGGACUUAUCUCACCAGCUGGCACCAACUCUAAUUCCAACAGCCCAAAGAAAAAGCCUCUUCCCGCAGUCAAAUACUUAGAAGGGGACUUGGUGUGGGCAAAGUUCAACCGGCGACCCUGGUGGCCCUGCCAAGUCACCUGUGACCCAGAACAGAGCCUUCACACUAAGAUGAAAGUUCCAAGUCCCCGACCUUGUCGGAUGUAUUUCUUGGAGACGUUUGGGGAGAUAACAGAACGCGCCUGGGUCCCAGGAAAUGCCAUUCUCGCUUUUGAAGGAGGCCAACAGUUUGAGGAUCUUCCUGUGCUGAGACGGAGAGGGAAGCAGAAGGAGAAAGACUACAAGUACACGAUACCUAAAAGUUUGCUGACUGCGUGGAAGGUCAGUGUGGCAGAAGCGGAGUACCUGCUGCCCAGUCGACAAAGGAAAAGCGAAAGUGUUCUUUCAGCACCCAUCCAUGGAGAGGAGCGUUUGCCCAGCGCACUUCCUCCUCAAAAGCCACAGGAGGCCCCCUCCUCCGUCUCUGUGGACUCCAGCAGACCCUCAUCACCCCACGUGGCCCCUAAUGGAAACGAGCACCAUCUCACCAAAAACUCGCCACUUCAAAGCAGUAAGAGUAAAGCUUGCAAAAAGAAAAAGAAAUGUUUGUCAGACAUAUUCGGUCAUAUAGUUGGUGGCGGACCGAAGGAAACACCUGCUGUCACAAACGCCUCGGGCCAGUUUCACACGACAACGCAUGCACUGAAAGACGAGCCAAAGGACUCGCCGUAUGCCGACCUGGAUUCGGUUCCAAUGCUGCAUCGACCUAAGCGCACAGCUGUGUCUCCGGCACAGGACGCGGACAGGCCGGCCAGAAAACAACAGGGUCUGACGAAGGCAAAGAAGUGUUCGGAAAAAACGAACCAACGCGCGGACUCGUGCGACUCUUCUAGCAUUUUUCGAAAUGCGCCGUCGUCGAAAAAUACAAAUUCUGGUCAAGGUUUGGGCAGCUGCGUUGAACUUUCAUUCAGUUCAAGUGAAAAGCACUCUGUGGAUCUUCCUGCCAGCAGUCGUCUGAUGACGAGGGCUCUAAAGGCGGAGGAAGAGACCGAUCUCAAAGAUGCACUGGCUGCGAGCCAAAUCUCACCAGAAGUCGCUGCUGCUUAUUGUCUUGAUAGUACACCCACUAAUGCUCCCCACAAAACUGAAAUGUCUUCUAACUGGGAAUUCCCCAGCAACGCGUCAUCUUCGGUAAAUCACGGCUCUCCAAAAAGGCGUGCGAGGAAGCUCGAUAAGAAGCUAAUCCGCAACGGCUCGUUGGUCACGACUGCGUGCGUCGGCUCGAGUGACCUCACUUUGACUCCCGCUAUGAUCAAGACGGAAUACCCUGCGUCCGAUCAGUCAGCCACCUCCCCGUCCUUACCUCUGUCUUCACUGGAUACUUUUCAGGACGUCAAGGAACUAAUGUUUAAGUCUCUUGUGAAGGAGGACAGCAGUGACUCCGAAGUCACCGCAUUUCGUCCCGAUUCCAAUUACAAAUUCAGUACUUUCCUGAUGCUCCUAAAAGACAUGCAUGAUACCAGAGAAAAGGAAGGCAAACCCCUGGUGCUCCCACCAUCGCCCGUCCUGAUCAAAGAAGAACCUCUGGUGAUCCCUACAUCUGCAGGCGGCGCUGGAUUACCUCGCGGGAUCAAACUAGAAAACGGCCAGUCAGGGAAAUCUAGAGCGUCUCACCAGGCGGCGGGCAAAACCAGGGUUAGGACUAAACCCAUCAUGAGAGCCGACACCUACCAUUACGAAGACUUUCCCAUUCACUCUCAGACUGGAAUCUCAGACAAGCAGCGCAGGAAACAAAGGCUGCCUGCCAAACUGAAACUCGGCAUACCGGGCCUUUCCUCGGACCUGACUGACAUGGCUUACGGCAGGGAGUUCGUCAGCGGCCACGCCGACUUAGCCGACCCUCUCGUCGCCGCUCGCCCUCCCUCCAGCUACCUCGACAAGAACUCCGAACCCGCAGUGGCCCCAAAGAAGCGCUGGCAGCUGGUCGAGGAGUCCACCGCCGAGAGCAAGGGUCGCGUUUCGACUGGUUCGUCCGCUGAGGUGAACGCCGUGGGAGCAUCGCCGGGGGUCGAGAGGCGCGCGGAGAGUGACUCGCAACUCUCGGACGCGUGCAGCACAGCAGGAAACUCGGAGAACAAGCGCAUGCGGAAACCGACUAAAAGGCUCCUGGAGUCACCUGAGGAGUAUGAACAAAUAUUUGCUCCAAAAAAGAGAUCAAAGAAACACAACUCAGAAUCUUCCAAAAUGACUUCAGGGAUGGCAGCACUCCAUGGUCUCGGCACCACACCACAGAUUCUUACCUCAACCUCAUCGUCUGAACAGCCCGCCGAGGCUCCGCCAGAGCCGGACAAGAAUCCACCCCGGGACGAGCUCUCUCCCGUGCCACCGUCUGCAUCUCCAGUCACAGCGCAGCCCUCCUUUGACGCAGAGGCGGCCGAAGACACCACAGAAGAAACUGAUCUACCUCCAGAAAGUGAAACCGAGUUAUUGACCCACCCCAGAAAGAGGCCAAGGAAGCUGUCGCACAGGGUGCUGGAAUGUACCAUAGAAGAACUGUCUGCUGCUCCUUCAAAGAAGAAGGACCAAAACCAGCCCAGUGGAGUUAUGUCAGAGGUGAAGGUGUUGGUCAAGAGAACUCAGUGUGCAUCUGUGAAGAAAGAGAAGCCUGGACCCAGCCCACCAUCUGCCCCUGCUGCUGUUGCCCCUGCUGCUGCUGCUGCUGCUUCUGCGUCCUCCAAGCAUUCAAAGAGCAGAUCCCCCAGCCCACAAAGAUCCAAGACCCCCAAGCAGGAGGUUGAGAUGGAGGCUUGCAGCACGGAGGAGGCACAAAACGCACACACUGGAACGCUAACUCCCAAAUCCGAGGUGCUGCCGCUUGGUUUCAGCGACGGCCUCUCUUCCCAGGUGGAUGCGAAAGGGAAAAUAGGAGCUACAUACUUGAAGGAGAACGUGUGCCAGGUGUGCGAGAGGACGGGAGACCUGCUGGUGUGUGACGGCCACUGUUACGGAGCCUUCCACCCGCAGUGCAUCGGGCUGUCAGCGGCUCCCAAAGGAAAAUUCCUCUGUCCCGAAUGCAAAACUGGUCUUCACACGUGCUUCGUGUGCAAGAAGUCCGGCAACGACGUGAAGCGCUGCAUGAUCCCGCUGUGUGGGAAGUUCUACCACACCGACUGCAUACUGGCCUACUCGGGCACGCAGACGCACAACAAGGGCUUCCGCUGCCCCCUGCACGUGUGUCUGUCCUGCCACAUCGCCAACCCUCUCAACAUCUGCAGCUCCAAAGGUCGGUUGGCUCGAUGCGUGCGCUGCCCCGUGGCCUACCAUGCCAACGACAACUGCAUGGCGGCGGGCAGCUUGGUGCUGGCGAACAAUAGUUUCCUCUGUCCGAACCACUUCACCCCCCGCAAAGGCUGCAAGAACCACGAGCACAUCAACGUUAGCUGGUGCUUCGUCUGCUCUGAAGGGGGCAGUCUGCUGUGCUGUGAAGCCUGUCCUGCUGCUUUCCAUCGGGAGUGUUUGAAUAUGGAAAUGCCUCAGGGUAGCUGGUUCUGCAAUGACUGCAAAGCUGGAAAGAAGCCUCGCAUUAAGGACAUACUGUGGGUCAAGUGGGGGCGUUACAGGUGGUGGCCCGCUGAAGUCUGUCUGGCCAAAGACGUGCCAACCAACAUCUUAAGGAUGAAACACGAGGUGGGCGAGUUCCCGGUGCAGUUCUUCGGCUCCAAAGAUUUUGUGUGGACGUACCAGGCCAGAGUCUUCCCCUACAUGGAGGGUGACACCCACAACAUAGAGAAAAUGGGCAAGGGUGCGGAUGCGGUGUAUAAAAAGGCCCUAAAUGAAGCAGCGGAGCGGUUCAGGGAACUCCAAGCUGAGAAGGAAAUGAGGCAGCUUCAGGAGGACAGAAAGAACGACAAGAAGCCUCCUCCAUACCGGCACAUAAAGGUAAACCGGCCUAUUGGGAAGGUGCAGAUCAUCACAGCGGACUUGUCGGAGAUCCCCCGCUGUAACUGCAAGGCGUCGGACGAGAGCCCGUGCGGCAUCGACUCGGAGUGCAUCAAUCGCAUGCUGAUGUACGAGUGCCACCCUCAGGUGUGCGCGGCGGGGGAGCGGUGUCAGAACCAGGCUUUCACAAAGCGCCAGUACACGACCGUGGAGAUUUUCAGGACGUUGUCGCGCGGCUGGGGCUUACGCGGUGUUUCGGACAUAAGGAAGGGAGCUUUUGUGAGUGAAUAUGUCGGAGAGGUGAUAGAUGAGGAGGAAUGUCGAGCCAGGAUCAGACAUGCUCAGGAGAACGACAUCUGUAACUUCUACAUGCUUACACUGGACAAGGACCGCAUCAUCGAUGCCGGCCCCAAGGGGAACCAGGCCCGCUUCAUGAACCACAGCUGCCAACCGAACUGCGAGACUCAGAAGUGGACUGUGAACGGGGACACCAGGGUGGGCCUGUUCGCUCUGCAGGACAUCCCGCAAGGUGUGGAGCUGACCUUCAACUACAACCUGGAGUGUCUUGGCAACGGGAAGACGGCCUGUAAAUGCGGAUCACCCAACUGCAGUGGGUUCCUGGGUGUUCGACCGAAGAACCAGCCAUCAGCUGAGAAAAUGAAACUAAAGGAGGGGAAAGGAAGGAAGGUCCCCAUGAAGAAGAAGACCAAGCAGCAGGUCACGAAGGAGAGGGAGGACGAGUGCUUCAGCUGUGGCGACGGUGGGCAGAUAGUUUCCUGUAAGAAGCCGGGGUGUCCGAAGGUCUAUCACGCCGACUGCCUCAACCUGGCCAAGAGGCCCGCAGGGCGAUGGGAGUGUCCGUGGCAUCAGUGCGACGUUUGCGGCAAAGAGGCAGCUUCGUUCUGCGAGAUGUGCCCCAGCUCCUACUGCAAAGAGCAUCGGGAAGGCAUGCUCUUCAUCUCCAGGCUGGACAGCAAGUUGUCCUGCAGCGAGCACGACCCGUGCGGGCCCAACCCGCUGGAGCCGGGGGAGAUCCGCGAAUACAGCAUGACCUCCAUGAGGCCCGGGACUGUCGGCGUGCCCGUCGCGCCCCCGCACAUCUCCGGCUCCAGAAGGGCCACCUCUUCUUCCUCUUGUUCCUCCUCCGCGUCUUCCGUCUCUUCCUCCUCCGGCCAGGCCGCAGCGUCCAGGCCGGUGCCGCCUCCUCGUCUCUACAUCAACACAAAGACAGCUACCUCGAGCUUCGUCCCCUCCAGCCUAACUUACGUCCCGGACACGGCUGAAGGGAAAGCGUUCGGCUCCACGCCCGCCUCCCCCAAAGACGAGAGGGAGGAAGGAGAGGUGGAGGACGGGGAGGUGUGCGGGUUACACAUGGAGGAGGUGGAGGAUGAUGAUGACGACGACGACGAUGAUGACGACGACGACGAUGAGGAGGAGGAGGAGGACAAUGAAAUGGAGGAGAUGGAGAUUGUGGAAGAUGAGGAGGAUGAGCCGCUGUAUGGCGGCGGCCUGCUGGGGGAAGACGACAACGAAGAGGAGGACGAGGGAGGGGACGUGUACGACACGUGGGACGACUACGAAGACGCCGACGACGGGGAGGUGGAGGGGGAGGACAUGGAGGAGUGGGGGAGGGUGGAGGACGAUGACAAGUGACUCGGCCCAUCUGUUCCUUCAUUAGACAUUCAAAAAAAAAACAAAAGAAAAAACUGAAAGAGUACAAUAUUUUGGUACCUACUUGAAUGCUACACCGCCUUCACUUCGGUACAACAUGGCCUUCUCAUCUCCAGACGGCUGGACUGACAGCGGGGAUGUGUGCUGGUGCUAAGGCUCAACGGCUGAUCCACUCGGUCUCUUUAUACUUCUGUUGAUAUGUUUAUCUGUGUCUGGUGCUGUUAUGUUUCUGUUGUUGUUUCUCUUAACAUUGUUUACAUUUUUUGGCCUUUUUUUAAAUGUUUUGAAUAUAAGAAAAAAAAAAAGUGAGAUUUUCCACCCGACCAACCGAUGAGGGCAUCCUGCAUUGUUAAUGUCUUAACUUUGUCUUUCUAAUACAACAGUCAUCAACAUAUGGUUCUCACUGGUCCGUGUUACAGUUUGGCACGACGGUACCUACUCGGUGCUUGUUCUAAAUGCAAAAAAUAAACCCACUGGAGUCACCAAGGCUAAA